ACCCCGGAUCCAGUCUUGUUCGGGACACCAAUGCGGCGGCGUUUCGUGCGUUCGGUACAAAAUAUAUCUCGUCGUACACCGAUAUUACACUAACUAUUAAAACGAUACCCGGGUAUAAAACCAUUGUCAUCGCCGUCGUUUUUUCCUGUACACGGAGAGAAAAUAUCGCCCGACGAUUUCCGUCGCGUUUGGUGUUAUAUUAACUAUAAUAAUAUAUUAAUAUACAUAAUAUUAUACGAAUACCAUAAAACCUAUUUUUUUUUUUUAUUAAAAUCACCGAAUAAUAAUAUACUUCCCGCGAGUGUACCAAUCUUUUUAUUACCUAUAUACAUUUGUUGUGCGUUUUUCGUUAAUACAAUAUCGCGUUGUCUGUUUCUGUUUGUUUUUAUUAUUUCAACAUAAUAUCUCAAACCUACAAAUAAGACAUUCACUAGUUUGUUUUUCAAUGUUCGUCUGUUUUAUAAACGUUUCUCGCUGCACGGUUACGAAAAUAUGACGGUUACCAAUUACGGCAUGAUGAGGCCCUGUUUUACCGGAUACCCAUUUCAAGGCCAGGGCCGGGUUAACCAGUUAGGCGGCGUAUUUAUCAACGGCCGGCCUUUGCCCAACCACAUCCGGCUGAAGAUCGUCGAGAUGGCCGCGGCCGGCGUGCGACCAUGCGUCAUAUCCAGACAGUUGCGGGUGUCACACGGAUGCGUGUCGAAGAUCCUGAACCGCUACCAGGAGACAGGCAGUAUCCGGCCGGGCGUGAUCGGCGGCAGCAAGCCUAGAGUGGCCACGCCGGACGUGGAGCGUCGCAUUGAGGAGUAUAAGACGGAAAAUCCCGGAAUUUUCAGCUGGGAAAUACGCGACAGAAAUGACAAUGAGCCCGCCCAAUAUCACGAUAAUAAAAGAUUGAUUAGAGAAGGAUUGUGUGACCGAGGAAGCGCCCCGUCUAUAAGCGCAAUAUCGAGGCUUUUAAGGGGCCACGAUGGUGAUGAUUCGGCUUCGGAGAAAAAAGUUAGCGACGGCAAAACUUCAGACGGUUCGGACUGCGAUUCGGAACCGGGUAUACCGUUAAAACGUAAACAGCGCCGCAGCAGGACCACGUUUACUGCGUUGCAGUUGGACGAGCUAGAAAAGGCGUUCGAGCGCACCCAGUACCCAGACAUUUACACCAGAGAAGAGUUAGCCCAGCGCACCAAACUGACCGAAGCCAGAAUACAGGUGUGGUUCAGCAAUCGGCGCGCGAGACUUAGAAAGCAAAUGUCUAGCAACACCGGAAGUUCCACUCCAGGUUCCGGUGGCUACGGCAUGGGAUUGGCCCUCGGGUACUCACCGUCCGCUCAGCAGCAACAGAACCAACAGCAACAGUCGUCGGGCCCGAACUCAUCAUCUACGCCCGCUUACAUAAUGUCGCCGCAACAGUUGCACGAACCGUACAACACGACGCCGGACGGAUACAAAGAACCGGACGACCAUCAUCAUCAGCAGCAACAGCAACAGCAACAGCAGCAGCAACAGCAACAACAACAACAGCAACAACAGCAACAGCAGAUGAUCAAGGACGAACAUCAGCAAAACAGCAUGAUGUACAGCGGUCUGGGUGCCACGUCAUUAAUCGACCACGACAACAGGCCUCAUAGCAACAUCAGCACCGAAGCGGCAACGGCCACGUCGUACAUAGGAAUCGCUGGCGGUACGUACCCGACCACGCCGCUCUACACGUCCACGUCGUCACUGCUCACUUCUCAACAGAUGGGACAGUUGAACGGAAGCGGCCAGCUCUCACAGUUGCACAUCGGCCCGGGCGGCGGCCAUCACCAGGCCUCGUCGCCGAACUUACUGUCAGCCGCGUCGCAGGCCUAUCAGAUCGGUUCGGCGGCCGCCAACUCGGCUCCCACGAUGAUCACGCACCAUCAGCUGUCUCCAGUGUCGGCCAAUAUCACACUAAUGGGACAAUCCAACGGAGCGAACGGUGGUGACAGCCUGAUCACUGUGUCGUCGUCCGAACUGGUGUCCAUGCAGAGCCCGUCCAGCUGGUCGGCGCUGGCCAACCACCACGGCCUCGGCAUCGGCGGCGGUGGCGGCGUCGGCGGCGUCGGCGGACACCAUCAGAUGCCACCCAUGAACCCGACCAGGAUAAGUCCUCAGCCCGCCCUCAUACCGACCUCUUGCAUGGGAGGCCAGAUGAGCCCCACUUCGGCUGCUUACUACCAGCCCCGACAGACGCAUCCGCCGUUCUACACGUGGUACUGAUCACCCCGGACGGUCCACCUCGCUCCGAAGGCUUUUCGGCAUUCUCUUCUAUCCGGACGACGCAACCCACAACCCACAACCCGCCACGUUUACAUGCAUAAUUUACGUUGCACUAUGCACAUACAUAAGUGUCGUCCGCAUUUAAAAAAAAAAAAUGAUUUUUCUCUCUCGAAUUUCGGCCUGUGUAGUUCGGUUCGUUAUACGGUGAAGCUCGUCGUUCUUAUAAAUGCAUAUACUACACAUAGGUACCGGUUACCGAUUACCGGCGCAGUCUAUCGAUUAUAUCAUCUUGGCUGACGUCAGGUGGUAUGCCGGAAGCGCGUCUGUAGACGAAAGUCGUCCGGCAACGCGCAGAGUUGUUCUGGGAACUAUAGCGCACGUAUACAGCCAUAUACUAAUAAUUUAGUGACGAUUCGUAGCAUGCAGCGUAUAAAUAAUAAUUUCAUGUACAUAAAGCAAUAAUAUACAAAAUAUCGAAAACCGUGUCAGAUCUUUCUGAAAAUCGGACGUGAUAAACGAAAUACGACGUAUAAGAUGAAGAAAAACCAAAUUACUCGCGAACAAAAUUACGGCUAUCUAUAUAAUAUAAGCCGUUUAUCUGCACUGCAACACGUACAUUUAUCAUAUUUUUGUAAUACUUUCGUCUACAACAUCUCGGUCAGUUUGAAAACUCGUGUUCCACGUCGUAAAUAAUAUUUGUACGGCGCGUACUGGUGCAGUACUGAUAUUGAUAUUGUACUAUAACAAAGCUAUACGGAUAGUAAGUCAAAAAAGAAAACCUACCUGGCUAUAACACCAUAUGAAUAUGAUUCGUACUUAUACGAACGUUGCGUGGCGCCGUGGAGGCCGCGGCCAUUUGUCCAGAGGAACGUUUUCGUUCUAUCACAACUAUAAUAUGGGUAAAUGUAAAAUGAUAUUGUAAGAUCAUAUAUUGUUGUAUAAUAAUGCAGUGGAUCGCCGUGACAAUAUAGUAUUAUAUUAUUAUUGUGACGAAGAUAACUCAAAAGUGCCACAAUGCCACAUUCCGAAUUGUAGUACGGCCGAUAUUAUUUGCUCUGUAUAUUAUUAUUGUGGUUGCUAUCGUGAGGGAUGUGCGUUAUGCUGCACUUACCCAUACACGGCUAUAAUACCUAUACAAUAUAAUAUAAUAACACAUGACACGACGUGCACACCUAUGUAUUAGGUAUGAUGUUCUUAUUAUACUGUUGCGGGUACGAUUAUUGUAGUCGGUAGUCGAUUUUCAGAAAUAAUAUUAUGGUCGCCAGUGAUUGUCCCGUGGCGGAGUGUACGGCGGCGGCGGCGGGCGAUCGAGGGAAGAGCAACAAACAAAUAAACAACCGUUAUAUCGUUUUCAUACUUGUCUUCCGGUCAAGUAUGCGGUACGUUUAUGUGUGUGUUUGUAUAGGUAUUAUAAAUUAUAUUUAACAUCAGUAGGUACAAUACGAUUGUAGUAGGUAGUUAACAUGUGGUAAACGUCACGAAUUCUUUCAUCUCGCUCGUCCACCCGCCCGCCCACCGGCCAGCAGCAUUGUCGACGGGGACGACUCCCUUGCGAAACUCACCACGCUAUAUUAGGUAUAACUGACCAUACUUCGUGAUAAAAUAAAAUAUUAUAUUUAUGGUCGAAGGUUGUGAGAAAAGUCAAGUUGUAUUAUUACAACUAUAUACCUACUUAAGGGCUUCCCAAUAUAAUAUAUUAUACAUAAUAUUGUAUAAUAUUAUCAUAAUAUGAUGUAACAUACAACUACACGUGUGAAAUCGUUUCAAUAUAGGUUUAAGCAUCAAACUUAAAUAUUCUAAUAAUCGUUGUAAUUACAACUACUAUAACAAUAUGUACAUAGCGUUUAAUUUUCUAGUUGGGUAGUCGAAAUAAUUUUUUGUAUGUUCCUUAUAUUCAUUAUACUAUGUAUAUAACAUUAUUUGUACGAAAAUUAUUGCCUGUAAGGCAAUUUAAACCCGAUUCCUAUUUUUUUUUUUUAAAUUUGUAUUUGUAUUUAAAUCUCUUUAAAAUUAAAACGCGAUUACAAUAGUAUAGUAAUUAAAUAAUAUUAUAUACUAUAUUACUAUUACCUCCUAAAAAGUAAUUUCGGUGACGCAAUAUUUGCAAUUAAGUUGAUUUAUUAAAAUAGUUUAUGUUGAUAGAAAAAACAAAUUGAUUAAUACAAUUAGCAAUAUUCAAAAAACUAAUGAAAAUAUCAAUUUAUAUUGUAUUGUACAACAUAUAAAUAGCUUACAUAAUGUGUAUAUUUUUGUUUAAAACUAUUCUGUUUUUAAUGUUUGUAUGUGUAAAUAAUCACGUUUGUCGAACGGUUCGAUCUUAUGAUACUUCAACACCGGUACACUGCGCAGACUUUUUUGUACCUAUUGUUAAUUUUGUUGAAUUUAGCUAAUUUUGUAUCUUGUAAAAGCAGACGUCACGUUGUCGACAGUCGUCCUAAGUUUAAUUAUAUUUUUUGUCUAUAAAAUCUUUUCAUUUCACUCAUCUUUCUUUUAUUUUUAGUUAUGUAUUUUUUUUCUCCUGUAUGCCUUAUACUUAAUAAUAUAAUAGUAUAAUAUUCACGAUGACUAAUAAAUUGUAAAUUGUAUAGUCUUAAACAUUUUUGUUUUUAAUUACAAUUAUAUUGUUAUA